AUGGACCGCUUCCUCGUGCGGAGGGCGGCGCCGGCGGAGGGGCCCGGAGCGCCGCCGGCCAAACAGGCGCGGGCCGCGCCAUCGGGCGGCGCGCCGCCAGAGGGCCCGCCUGGCGGGGUCGCCGCCCGCGAGGGCGCCGCGGGGGCGGCGGCGGGGGACCCCAGGAGGAUCCUCUCGUGGAACGUGAACGGCCUCUUUCAGCGCCAGCGGGCCGUCUGCUCGGCUGCUUUGGGGGCCCCGCUGGGCCUCGGGUUGGGGCCAGGCGACCGCGGUCUCCAGCGGCUCCAGCUGGACUGGAGCACGAUCCACGCCUUCCUGCUGGAGGAGCGGCCCGACGUGGUCUGCCUGCAGGAGGGCUGCAAGAAGGGCGACGGGCAGAGGCGGCGCCGCGGGGAGGCGAAGCAGGAGACGAGGCAGGAGAGAGAGGAGUGGGCCCUGGUCGAGAAGACCCUGCUCGGGGCCCUGCGGCAGGAGUACGCGGUGCACUGGUCUCUGGCAGACUGGAAGUACUCUGGCACGGCGAUGCUCAUUAGGCGUGGCAUCCAGCCCUCCCGGGUCCUCUUUACGCUUCCCGCGCUCGCGCGUGAAGGCGUCCACCGAGACCCAGCCGACCCGCAUUGCCACCCAGAGGGCAGGGUGAUAUUGGCGAGCUUCGAGACCUUCGACCUGCUCGCGACCUACGCGCCGAACAACGGCAACGACGCGGCGGCGUUUGCGCGACGGGCGGCGUGGGACGCGGCCAUGCUGGAGGAGCUCUCCGCCCGCAGCCGGCCGCUGGUCUGGAUUGGGGACCUGAACUGCGCCGCCGCGGAGGCGGACGUCAGCCACCCGGCCUGGUUCCUGCAGCAGUGCCACCAGGGAGAGCCUCCUGACAUGCGAGGCCAGCCCGGCUUCACCGAGGGCGAGCGGCGCCGCUUCGGGGAGAUCAUGGCAGGCGCGCGCUUGGUGGACGCACACCGCCGACUGCACCCCGCUUCGGAGCCGCCGGCCGCGGAGGGCCCGCACUACACCUGGCGUGGGCACCCGCCGGUGCACCAGCCCGAGCUGGUCGGCAGGGUGGAGGGCACUGCCAUAACUCGGAGCCUGGCAGCUGAGGCCUGCCACCGCCAGCGCCUGGCCAGGCCCACGCCUGGG